CCUGAUGCAUGCACGCAGCCUGUGGCGUGUUCAGCUCCACGGAACGCCACGAAAGUGGUCGGCAAGAAGCAACAUUAAGGCGGCUGUGUCCACAUCAGCCGCGCACACUGGCGCCAGCUGAAAGUGUCGCCGCCUCUGGUUGCGUGGAAACUAAAAAAAAAAAUGGCUAUGCCUUGAACUGCUGUGGAAGCAUCUCCAGCAGCGCGUCUGCACAAGUUUCACCGGAAACAUGACGAUUUAAAGCCGGGCUGCAGGAGAGAGAGAGACAGCUGCAAACGCUCAUCAGUUAGCGGGGAGAUUGAUGCAUUCUCAGAGCAUGCCCGCAUCCGUCGCAACAUGUCCAUCCUGGUUGACUAUGUGGUGAUGUGUUUGCUGCUGCACAGCCUGGUGCUAAUGACCUUCUGCUUCCACCACGCCGCCACCAGUUGCUCCAAGCGCUGCUACUGCUCGGAAAGCGAAGGCGGCGGCAAGACGGUACGCUGCAGCAAUCAGCAGCUCACCGAGAUCCCUCAGGACAUCCCCAACGACACACGGCGGGUCUACCUGGACUUUAACCUCCUCACCUCAGUCCCGGCGAACGCUUUUAAUGGUCUGUCCCAAUUGAUGGAGCUGGACCUAUCGCACAAUGACAUAAGCCAGCUGGAGUCGGGAGCUUUCAGAGGUCUGGGGUCCUCAUUGCAGUUCCUUGACCUCUCUGCUAACAAGUUAGUCCAUUUUAAUCCGGAUGCCUUUGAGAACUUGCGGGCUCGUGCAAAUCUGACAAACAAUCCCUGGCAUUGCGACUGCAACCUGCAGAUGGCCAUGCUCCACGUGGAGCUGGAGGCCGUCUCACUGACUGGCAUCGUGUGCCUGACUUCAGACCCGGAAGAGAUGAGCGUACAGGGCCUGGCAUUCCUCCUGGAGCCGGACGUUGACCUAUGUGUGGUGAUGAAGAGGACUACAGACGUGGCCAUGCUGGUGGUCAUGUUUGGAUGGUUCACAAUGGUCAUCUCUUACCUGGUUUACUACGUCAGGGCCAACCAAGAGGACGCCCGCAGACACCUGGAGUAUCUAAAGUCUUUGCCCAGUAGGCAAGCAAAAUCGGAGGAGUCGUCCACCAUAAGUACUGUUGUGUAAGCUCUUUUAUAUGACAACAAAAACUUGGGUGGACUAAAUACUAGGAAAACUGUCUCUCUUCUGACUGAUGUGCUUCUUGUCUAUUCCACUUUCAUCUCCAACAGCAACCUUUGAAAUGAUUUGCGAGUCAUUAGAAAACUUCACAACUCAGUAUGACUGGCUGAUUCUAAACUUUCUGUUCAUAUACAUGCUGGCACAGCCACUAGUUGCUAGGCAGAGUUCAUUGGGCUCAUUCAUAACUUUCCCACCAAACAAUGAAAAGAAAGCACAGGUCAAGUUACGCCGACAAGGCUGACGGUAACCGUCAGGAACAGGACUCAAAUUAGUCUUGAAACUAUACAAAAUAUAGCAGACAUCAGCCAAAGAAAAGAUAGCAAAUGUCAAGUCACACCCAAAAGGCUGACGGUAUCCUGCAGGAACAGGACUCAAAUUAGUCCUAAAUCUAUACAAAAUACUGCAGAGUCACUUGUUGCUAGGCUGAGUUCAUCAAGCUUAAUCAUAACUGCCCCACCAGCCAAUGCAAAGAUAGCAAAUGUCAAGUUCCGCCCACAAGGCUGACGGCAUUCUGCAAGAACAGGACUCAAAUUAGUCUUAACACUAUACAAAAUAUUGCUGAGUCACUCGUUGCUAGGCAGAAUUCAUAAGGCUCAAUCAUAACGGCCCCACCAGCCAAUGCAAACAAUGUCAACUGUCAAGUUGGUACCCUGCAGUAACAGGACUCAAAUUAGUCUUAACACUAUACAAAAUAUUGCAGAGUCACAUGUUGUUAGGCAGAGUUCAGGCUUAAUCAUAACUGCCCCACCAACCAAAUGAAAAAACAUGUCCAGACCAUAUGGAAACAAAACUCCAGACACUAAGUACAGUGGAACCUUGCUUUACGAACCUCUCAUUGCAUAAACUUUUUGAUUUACGAACCACAGAUCAAGUAAAAAUAUGCUUUGGUACACGGAAGUUGUUUUAGUGUACAAGCAUUUCAUCCAUCCAUUUUGUGCCCGGCAGCCCAGCCAUUGUGGGCGGGCCUAUCGAUAUCUGGUGCUCAUUCAGUCAGCACAGCAAUGCUGUCGUUAAAGGGGAACUGCACUUUUAAAAAAAAAAAUCGUCCACAAUCAUUAUUAUAGAAAAUAACACACAGGAGUUGGUGGGGUGGGGGGGGUGUACAUAUGCGGCCCCCUCCAAGGUUUUUCAUUGUCAUCCCAUUGGACUGAGUUUUUUCUUGCCCUGAUGUGGGAUCUGAGCCGAGGAUGUCGUUGUGGCUUGUGCAGCCCUUUGAGACACUGGUGAUUUAGGGGUAAAUAAGUAAACAUUGAUUGAUUGAUUGGUAUGUUAGAAAGGGAAAAAAUUACUAACUUUUUGUCUCCUUGUCUUGUAAUGAUUGUGAACGAUAGGCAAAAUUCCCAAAAAAAGUGCAGUUCCCCUUUAAUUACUGUAGUGAAUUGGUUGUGUGCAUUUUCAAAGUGUUUUUAGCGUUUUUACAACAUUUUCCUAGUUUUGCUAGCUCAAUAUGAGUCCAAAAAAAGUAAAGGACAAGCGAUGUGUGGUUUCCAGAAGUAUCCAUGGCGUUGUUGACACUUCCUCCCUUCUCUACUUACCUUCUACUGCAUGCAAAGAUCAACCAAGAAGGUAAAUUGGAUUCAAUGUUUUUAUUCCUCAAUCAUUGUAGCGACCUGGCUGUUAAAGUUAAGUUCUGUGAUUUCAAACUUCGAGUGCACCAGAGGGCCAGUUACAGUGUGUGUGCGUGUUGGCAGGGCAGCUGAAAAUGAGGACAGUUCAGCUAUUUGUUGUUGUUUCUAACUUUGGUAUUGAAUAAAAAGUUGAUACAUAAUAUUUUAUAGUGCUUUAUAGCAUUCAAAGUGUACAAACAUUUACUAAAAGGUGGACUUUUGUCAAGGCUGAAACACAUUAUUCAUAUUCACAUUGUUUCUUAUGGAGAAAUUUGCGUCAGUAAAUAAACAUUCCUAUUUACGAACCCUGUUCAAAAACAUAUUAAGUCUAUAAAUGGAUGUUCCACUGACAGUAUUC